GGUUAGGUUAGGUUAGAUUACGUUUUGUGUCGCCGUACGGAUGGAAAGUAUCCGCGUUUGAUCUCUCAAAGAGUAAGAUGAUAAAGGAUUGUAAGGACGCGCGGAUGGUAGGACAAGUUAGAUGCACGAAAGCGCGUCACGAAGUUCCUGCCGUUGCGUUGGUUGCCCUCGUGCAUAGCCUGCCCUAAUAAGAGGUAUAGGUACGAGAGCAACGCUGUCAAAGUAACGUGUACGCGCGAAACAUCUGAUAUGGAUUAUGCAACGAUCGUCGACAACGCGGUCAGGCAGUUUUACUCGGCGGGCAGCAACGAGGCGCAUUCAUGGCUCCUGCGGGUGCAAACCUCCCCCGAAGCCUGGCACUUCGUGUGGCAACUUCUGGACCCUUCCAAGUCGUACGAGGUGCAAUUUUUUGCGGCAACGACUCUACAUACAAAGAUAUCCAAGCAGUGGAACGAAGUGCCUGAAGCUGAGUAUCCGGUGUUGAGGGAACGUUUGCUCAAUAGCGUGAGAAGAUCCAAUAUCCCUUUAUGCAUCCUUACGAAGCUCUGUCAAGCGUUAGCCGCGUUUGUAGCCAACGUUUACAGUGCAAAGAACAAGGAACAGAGUGGGAGUAUAGUUGACGAACUGCUUGACAUUUUACCUUACAAUUCCACAUCUGCAUUAGAAUUACUGCUUCGAGUGCUCUCGACGCUUCCUGUUGAGUACGAGAAGAGACACGAAGCGAAGAGUGCCAACUUGAAUGUCAGCUUGGUCAACAGCUGGUGCCAAACUACAUGGUUCUUGCAGCAGGUCUUUUCAAUGUGUAACCCAGAUUCCCAAGGCAACGACGGUGUAUUAUACUCCUUGGGAUUGGAAUGCGCUCAAUCAUGGCUCAAAAUUGGUCAGCUACCUUUAGAGACCACCAGCCAGAUCUAUCCAUAUUUAUUAAUAGCCGCGGCUCAUUACGCGCCUAAUAAAGACGAGAAUCAUGGCGAUGAUGAGAACAUUAAGAGCUGGGAGAUAGUACAAGAUUGUUUAAUCAUGAUCGUAACGCACUAUGAUCUUCACAAACGGCCGCAAACAUUUUGGGAAUGGGCUAAGAGUUUGGUAUUGAUGGCGAAGCAGUGUAACAGAAAAUACUUUUGCGAAAUAUUAACUGCCAUCGGAGAGGCUCACAGUCGGGCGUUUCUGAUCGCCUUGGCCGAGAAUUCUAACGAGGCACACACGUGGACGGCCAUGGGACUGAUCGAGCUGCUGUUGGAGUGCUCGGAAUUGGAAGGACGUUAUCCCACCGAUGAGACGCGUAGCUGCAUUCCGUUUGGAUUCUGGUACGCGUUGCAGGACGAUUGCGCUACGUUAGAUGAACCGUUGGAGAACCGAGCUUUGGAGGCAUUGAAGCCGAUUUAUUUUCGGCUGUCUCAGGCGUUGUUGCGAAAAUCAACGUUGCCCACGUCUCCGAGCGAAAGGGGAAACGCGGACGAACGCGAGCUCUUCAGAUGUUAUAGACAAGAUGUAGCAGACACGUUGGACUAUUGUUACAGCGUUCUCGAUACCGAUCUGCUGGCACUUCUUGGACAAAGAUUAAGCAUGGAAGACUCGCCGUGGACCCAUAUAGAAUCAACAUUACACGCUUUCAAAGCUCUAGCAGAGAGCGUCGGCACUCAGGAGUACUGUUACAUACCUGCACUGAUAAACUUGAUUAUCGUUCACAUACCUUAUCAUAUUUAUCCCGAGGAGGUAUUAACGUCUGCUUGUUCGACGCUGGGUGCAUACGCCGAAUGGAUAGGAGAGCAUCCCGAGCCUUGGCUGGAGAAAGUGUUGCAGCUCGUUACUCAGGGAUUGACCAGAAAUUCCGCGACAGCGCCGAUUGCAAGUAUGGCACUGAAAGAUCUGACGAGAGAGUGCGGAUCGUAUCUCGCCCCUUAUGCACCAUCUAUACUUCACACUAUCAGUCAGACACUACCGAAUGUCGAGCCUGGCGGUGGGGAAGGUUUGCGACUCAUGUAUGCGGCCGGAAAGCUGCUUAAUGUGUUGUCUUCUAUGGAGGAGCAACUGGUGCAUCUGGAGGCGACGUUGGGACUAUGCGUGACGAAGAUAAAAGAGUUCUUGGGACAACCGUUGUUCACGGCGCGUCUCAGCGUGACGAAUUAUCUGAAGAUGGUUACUAUGUUCUUUAGUACGAUCGAGGGCGCGAUCGGCAAAGCCGUGCUGGACGGCGUGCUGCCGGUGUUCAAUCAGAUAAUCACACAUCCCGAAUGGAGCCAGGACAACGCCACGUUGGAGGCGAUGCACAUGUGCGCGCAAAAAUCCUUGUCGGCAUUGCGGCAGCCGGAGAUCGAGGCACGACCCUUGCUGCCAAUCCUGUCGACCUCCUACAAGAUCUGGCCACAUCCAGCCGCAUUAAAUCUAUUGAAGCAGCUCGUAUUGCUUUUCGGCAGGGAUCCGGACAACAUUGUGAGUCCAGUGCUCGCGGAAAUGAGCUCAUUAACAUUGAAUGGUGUGAAGGCAUGCAGGUCGGUUCAGGGUGACCUGUCCGAGUGGUCAGAUCUGAUGGAAGCCUACAUGGGUGUGCUUGCGCAGAUCUGCAAAAAGAACGCCCGGUUGUUGUUGCAAGUCCCGGAUCAAAUACCAGAUAUGCUGCAAUGCGGGAUUGCUUGUCUAACGCUUCCGGAGACAGCUACGGCCAAAGCGGCCGGACAUUUUCUUAGUCACGCGAUUGUACAAAGCCCACACCUGCAAACGUUUAUUCAACCGAUCGGACAAGAACUUGUCGCCGCGAUUUUACAUUGUGUCGGUGGAGCAAUGCCUCAUAAUAAUUUGGAUCCUCACACCGAAGUUCUGUUAGCAUUAAACAAAACGUGUCCGGAAUGGACCGCGCAAUGGUUACGCACCGGACUUGAGAAUCAAAAAAACCUCGCAGCCGUAUUACAGAAGGAUGACGUUGCGCGCAUUUUGCGUGAGAGGACAAACAGGUCGCGACUUUGCAACGUACUAAAGGAAUUUAGUAUUCAAUGUCGUCAGAAGACGGGUAUUUGACAAUAGAACUCUCGUGGUGACAAAUUUUACUAUAUGAAACUAUCGAUUUAAGAUAUAUGUAAUACAAAAGUUGACAUAAUUUAUCUCUUCAUAAUAAACGCUGUAUAUAAUUGUGUUUUAUACAGGCUUAUGCAUUUACUUGAAUUGUAAGAUAUUAAUCGUGUGAAAGAAGCACUUUAGUGUAUCGAAUAUGAAAAUGUCCGCGUGAUGCAAAAUAAAUAGUGAUAAUAAAAAAAUAUUUAUAGUAAAGAUAGUAAAAUAAACAAAAAUACGAAAAUGUA